AGCCAUGUUCGGCUUUAGAGCAAAGCGUCCGGGCUCCAUAACUGUGCUGUGGCUCCAUAACUGUGCUGUGGCUCCAUAACUGUGCUGUGGUUCCGUCUCCGUCACUGUGUUGUGGCUCCAUAACUGAUAACGCUGGAUGUCAAUCUGCUGCUCUGAUACAUCCACACGGACUGAAUAUCUGUCUGUCACACCUAAACGUUUCCGAAGUGAACAAGCGGAAGGAGAUCCGGUCUGGACGUCAUGGCCUCUCGCAAAAAGGUGCUGCUUAAGGUGAUCAUCCUUGGUGAUUCUGGGGUUGGAAAGACAUCUUUAAUGAACCAGUAUGUUAACAACAAGUUCAGCAACCAGUACAAGGCCACGAUCGGCGCCGACUUUCUGACCAAAGAGGUGAUGGUGGACGACAGGCUGGUCACCAUGCAGAUUUGGGACACAGCCGGACAGGAGCGUUUUCAGUCUCUGGGCGUGGCGUUCUACAGAGGCGCUGACUGCUGUGUGCUGGUCUACGAUGUCACAUCUCCAAACACCUUUAAGACUCUGGAUAGCUGGAGGGAUGAGUUCCUGAUCCAAGCCAGCCCUCGUGACCCAGAGAACUUUCCCUUCGUCGUGCUCGGAAACAAGAUCGACUUGGAGAACAGACAGGUCACUACAAAGCGAGCUCAGGCCUGGUGUCAAAGCAAGAACAACAUCCCUUAUUUUGAGACCAGUGCCAAAGAAGCCAUCAAUGUGGACCAGGCUUUCCAAACCAUUGCUCGCAAUGCACUCAAACAGGAGACCGAGGUGGAGCCCUACGAUUUUCCCGACCAGAUCAAGCUAAGAGACGACAGACCUGCCACCUCGAACGAUGGCUGCAGCUGUUGAGGGAGAUGUGAAAAAAAAAAAAGAAAGCUAAUGGCAAGGAGGGAAAGAGAUGACAGUGAUCUAGCAGAGACAAACAAAGAGAAAAUAACAAAAAAAAAAGCAGUACCAACCACCACCAUCUUUGCCAUGUCUUCUCUUCCUCAUACAACACCUCCAGGGUUUGAAUCCAUCUGAUCUCGUCUCUUUCUUUCCGAGUCCCAUGCAGCACGGGGCAUCACGAAGCUGCUUCGAUUCAGCAUAGCGACCCUUUAAAAAAAAAAAAAAAACUCCUCCUCUCAGUAUCACUACUCUGUCCAAGACGGUCACUAUGCCCUCUUUUCCUUAAGCAGAUGUUUUUUGUUUUUUUUUUUCUUCUUCUCUCUUUCAAAUCAUUGUGCCUUUGGUUUUCUAUCAUUCCACGUGUCUUGUGUAUCUCUGUGCUGAUUAUGCAUUCCCUGCUGUAUAAAAGUCCACCAGUGAUUAAGACUUCCAGCCUGUCUAUAUUUGCAUGUCACGAUUAUACAAACGACUGAUCGUUCACAACGCGAUCGAAGGACUAAACACCGUCUUAACCCGCGAUGGACCUCGAGGUUGUUUAACGCACCACGUUGUCAAUCCUGGCUAUUCGCAACCACACCAUAUUACACAACCACAUUGAUUUACACCAUUUAGAGGAGUUUACACUUACUUACACGUCAGCUUCUUAGUCACUAUCAGGAUAUCUGGUACAUUUAGCUUAGGAAACAAAUGGAUGUGGAAGUGAGUCACACGAGAGCAAAAGCAGAAGCACAGAACUGCAUCCGAGUCCUACUCAAUUACUGCUUUUCCUUCCGUCAUCUUUCAUCUUUGUACAUUUACAUAUUGUACUUGUAUUAAUAUAAAUAUAUAUAUAUAUAUAUAUAUACCUUAUAUCAGAGAAUUUGUUUUAUAUACCAGGAUGUUAUGGUUUAAACAAUUUAAAGGCCAAAUGUGCCGUUGUAACGCGGUAGUGUAUAUUCUAAACUAAAUAGACAAAUAAAAGAUACAUUUACAACCAAAA